CGACCACCUUCAAUUGCACGGGAUCACAUCAAACAUACUACCAGUUCGGGCCUGCUUCGCUUCCUUUGCUACAGAAGCGCUGCAGCCAUCGUCUGGCAGGUGCAGUUGAGCUGAGGCUCUAAACUUUGCACGAAUCUAUUUUUGAACCACAAUCCAAACAGCCUCUACGUAGCCACUGUGAAAGAAGGUCAAGUCGCAUUCGUGCGCAACGUCAGGCAAGAUGGCGAACAAGCAGGGGAAGAUGCAAAACUUGAUCAACUACCGUAUGCGUGUGACCAUGAACGACGGUCGUCAGAUGACUGGUCAAAUGCUUGCGUUCGAUAAACACAUGAACCUCGUCCUCGCGGACACCGAAGAAUUCCGCAAAGUCAAACGCAAACAGGCCAAACCCUCCGCUCCAGCAGCACCGGGCUCUGCAGCUGCGACUGUCGAGACCGAAGAGAAACGAACGCUGGGCCUUGUGAUUCUCAGAGGAACGAAUAUCGUGAGCUGUUCGGUGGAAGGACCUCCUCCAUCGGAUCCUAGCGCUAGGUUGGGACAAUCUGCUCCGGGAGGGGCACCAACAACUCUUCAGGCUGGUACGGGUAUCUCGAGACCGGCUGGCAGAGGUCUUCCGAUCGGGCUGGGCGGUCCCGUGGCGGGCGUCGGGAUGGGUGGACCGCCUCCUCCGGGGGGAGUGCCACCUGGAGGCUUUGGAUUCCCUCCGCAACCGCCAGCGGGAUUUCCAGGCGGAGCGCCGCCACCUGGGUUCGCUGGAGCUGGAAGAGGUGGACUACCUGGACCCCCAGGAGGGCCACCGCCUGGUUUUGGAGCCCCUCCUCCUGGGUUUGGAGGACCACCUGGAGGACCACCAGCAGGUAUGCCCCCGGGAUUUCAAGGAGGCCCACCAGGCCCGGGAAGAGGGUUCCCGCCUCCGGGAUUUGGAGGAAGGUAAAUAUGGGUAUGCAAUAGAGAGCAGGAAAUCGAUGGAUAAAAGUUUCGCGCUCGUGCUUGGUCGACGAACCAAAGCCAAACCGGACCACCAUAUCGUUUCAAGGGACCAGGGAUGCAAAAUAUGAAGGAUGGUCAACACUGCACCUGCACAGAAGCGGUCCACAGCAAAGCCGGCAGAUUCAAAGUGUCCGGUAGCUUCGUGGUUUCACCAGUCACCCAUGUUGCCGUUGGCUGCAUCCUACGACAGCGAUCCGUUGAGGCUAAGUGAUUGAACUCGUCAUGUGGCGGUCCUGGUUUGAAAACAGCGGGUAAGAUACAAACCCAUAAAAUGACAAAUGCGAGCAGGACACAACAACCCGAGAAGGGAGGAGGUAAAGUCCGGGACACCCAGUCCAUCUAUGAUGACAGCUGCAUGUCAAGUCCUGCAGCAGUCAGCAAGGAGCUUGCACAGAAGAAACGCGGGAUGUUUAAUUGAGGUAGCCCCCCAGGAGCGAGCAGUCGCAUGCUUUACAGAAGAAAGCAACGAAUGAUAAAUAACAAAGCGAAAAUAUCUUCCGUUCCGACAGUACGGAUGUAUUCAUUGCGGCCUUGACCACUAGAAAAGGAAUCAUGCCAUGGUAGAGACCAUUAUCGUACUCGGGCCCUCUUCUACAUACAAUGGACAAUAGCAUCCACCUACCGCCCCAACAUGCUGGAGC